AUGACGAGCGGCGAGAUUCUCUUAUCGCUGCGCUACCUGCCGACAGCUGAAAAAUUAACAGUCUCAAUCAUAAAGGCCAUCAACCUGGCCACCACCACUACUACUACUACUGCUGCUGCUGCUGCUGCAAUAGAUUUUCAUGAUGAAAAUAAACAAAGAGACCAUGAUGGUGAUGGCAGCGAUGUUGCAGGAGACGAUGCUGCCGUUGCUGAGGCGAACGUUUCUAUGGCUUCUCUCGGAAAUAUACUUCUUCCAGACCCAUACGUCAAGACAUCUCUAAUGUACAACGAUCGUGUUAUAAAACGCAAGAAAACCGCAACUCGAAUAUCAACGUUGAAUCCGGUGUUCGAUGAAUCCAUGACAUUCGAUGUCCCACUGGAAUGCAUCGACAAGGUGUACCUGAAUAUUCGUGUUUACUCCGGAAAAUCCUGUAAUCACCGCCUGAUUGGUGCAUGUGCAGUUGGAUCCAACAUUUCCAGUCUGGCACGUGAUCACUGGAAAGCCAUGUUGCAGUUUCCCAGGAAACAGGUUGCCAAGUGGUACCAACUUCAAAUACCUUCUACGUCCUCUUGUCACUGA